ACUUAAUCAGAUUUCCCAAUUUUUGAUCCCAUCAACCCGUUAGACAUGACCGACUCCCACAACCCACUCGCAUGGAUCAACUCGGUCGACCAGUCACACAUGAAUAACACGAUCCCAAAAUGACAAGCCCAAACCCAACAAGCCAGGAGGUGCUGGCUGAUGAUCUCCUCUACGGCUUCGACAUUUGCGACGAAGAAACCAGGCAAUAUCUUAGUUCGCUCAUCGCCUCGGGCCAGGCGCCGCAGGCCGAGCUGGAGCAGCUGCAUGAGCUCAGUCUCAUGCGGGGAGCCGAGGACUGGGAUAUGCUGUUUGAGUGCGCCACCAUCUUGCGCGGGAGGCGGCCUGAUGCCGAGGAGGGGAGUGAGACAAGUUUGGUGCCGUUUCUGGAGGCGGUGCUUGAGGGGGGCUCUGGGGGGGUUGAUGAGGGGGUUGGGCCGAAGCAUAGGGAUGGGGAGGAGGGGGAAAUAAGUGGGAGACGCAAAGCGGCUGUGCCGAAGAAGAAGAAGGUGCUCGGGAAAGGUGUCUCGCAUUUUUGGGGGGAGGAUGAUGAUGGCGCCGGCGACAGGGCCAGGCGGAGGCAAUGGCACCAGUAUACCCAUCCGCUUAGUAUCCGGGCCGGAGGGGAAGGUGAAAAUCCUCCUGUCACCACCGGGACACCAUCCAAGGCGGUUGACGGAGGCCUAGAUGGCGCCGCAGUGCCCAAACCCCAGCGCGCCUCGCCGGACGACACGAAUGCCUCCAUUACGAUAAACGAAAGCCCGCCGAAGACCGCCACCGAAGAUCGAGGCCUAGAACAACCAGUUUCACCCAACAAACCAACCUACCUAACACCCGAAACCAAGAAAGCAACCAGAGCCGAGCGAGCCGUCAAAGCCACAGGCGGAUCCAGGUCCCCCUUCUUCAGCACACCACCACCACCUCCCCAAACCAAACCCCCCAAACCCGAACCCACCCCGCCAUCAACCGCAAAAAAGAAGCCCCGCCCACCACGCGGCACCGUCUCCAGCCUGCCCAUCCCACCCCUUUCCGCCACCCACUUCGGCCUGAUCCAGGAAGAGCUCGCAGACGACCCCUUCCGCCUGCUCGUCGCCAUCACCUUCCUCAUCCGCACCGCCGGCAAGGCCGCCAUCCCCGUGUUCCGCGAGCUCAUGGCGCGCUUCCCCACGCCCGAGGCGCUCGCCGCGGAGGCGGCGGCCCCGGAGAUUGUUGCUUUGAUCCGUCCGCUGGGGUUGGCGGUGGUGCGCUGCGCGGCGGUGCAGAAAUAUGCGAGGGGGUGGCUGGAGAGGCCGCCGCGGAGGGGGGUGCGGUAUGGGGUGAGGAAUUACCCGCGGGUGGGGGAUGGGCGGGGUGUGAGGGUGGGGGAGGAGUUUGGGCCGGAGGAUGGUGGUGGUGGUGGUGGUGGUGGUGGUGGUGGUGGUGGUGAGGUUGGAGGAGAGGUUGUGGAUGCUGUGGCGGAUGCGCGAGCCAGGGGGGUCGGGAGCGCUUGGGAGAUCGGGCAUCUGACGCAGGGGCCGUAUGCGUUGGAUUCGUGGCGCAUCUUUUGUAGGGAUGUGUUGCUGGGCCGGGCGAGCCAUUGGACGGGGAAGGGGAGCGCGCCUGAGUUCCAACCUGAGUGGAUGCGUGUUCUGCCCCGGGACAAGGAGUUGAGGGCGUGUCUGCGGUGGAUGUGGAUGCGAGAGGGUUGGGAAUGGGAUCCAUUGACGGGCGAGAGAGAGCCUCUGCGUGAGGAAUUGCGGAGGGCUGUAGACGAGGGCCGUGUUGGCUAUGACGACAGUGGAAAUCUGGUGAUUAUAGGAGGAGAGUGAAAGGUACUCGAUAGAUAGCAGUUUCUCUUUACCUAUCCAGAGAAUCCGGGGUACCAGAGUUGUCGAGACCAGGCCGCAAACCGCCUUGUUAUCCUUGUUACAUUACAUCUUGGAAAGAGCCCAGUUUUCGAUCUAUAUCAGGCGUCCUCAUUUUCAGACAAGUCCCAC